AUGGAUAAUAUCCAUGUUUAUGUUCGUCUUCGCCCUCAGGCUGCCAUCGCUCUAACUUUUCCGCCGUCGCAGAAGGUCAGCAGGUCUACUAACAUUUGCUUUUCCUCCUUCAGCUACGCCGUGAAAAGCUACCAGAAGAUUGAGAGGGCGAUCGAAUCCGUCUCCCUGGGCGAUAACGAGAAAGUGGGGGACUACGAGGGAGUGAAAGCCUCUACCGGCACGAAUAAGAUUGCGAGCUUGGUUGCAACGAUCAAUACGGUCAUUAACAAAAACAUCCAGCUGAACAAGAGGGUGACUUCAAUUGAGGUCAAGGCCCAGGCCACUUCACUAAGUCCCGGGAGAGGAGCAGCAACAGCAGCACGAGGGCGAACGACUUCGCAGGCGAGCAAGCUGUAUUGCUUUUCACGGAAAACCUUUGCCAUAGCACCAUACGACGUCAAGGCCUCCGAGAACCGGUCCACUGAGUUCCACCAGCUGGUCAACAUCGACAACAAUCCCCACCGCAAGCGGCCGAGCCUUCCAGAGACCAAAGAAAACCCCAAAAAGCGUCGGAAAGAUGGAAGCCGAGGAUUCCAAGCAGGCCAACGGUGGGCGAGAGGAGAAUGGAGUGUCCGUGAGACAGACAGGGCAUAUGUGCGUGUGCGCGAGGGUGGGUGUGUGUCGAAAUUGACGAGUUGA